AUAAAACUAAUUAAGUACCCACCGUUAAAUAUUAUUUUUUUAAUGCAAUGAGUUUCUUAUCUUCACUAAUUAAUUCAAAAAAAAGUCUUAAACACACCUCAACCAUAAUUACACAAGCUGAUGGUCGCAAAUUGUUAGAAGACAACAACACCAUGACGCCGCUUCAAGAAACUUCCCAUGGAUUUGUUAUCGAUACCAAACCAGAUAACAUUCCAUCACAAAUCACAAAAAAUAUUUUCUUGGGGUCUCAAGAUUGUACCGAAAUUAAUGUAUUACAAAAAUUUGGAAUCAAUUACGUUUUGAGUGUUGGAAUUGAAGUUGAACGCCAUGCAGGGAUCAUUUACAAAUUCACCCCAUGUUUGGAUUUGCCAGAAACUGAUAUCACUGAAAUACUAAAAAAUGAUUGUUUUGAUUUUUUGGAUAUGGUUGUUUUAAACGAUGGACGAGUUUUGGUACAUUGUAACGCUGGAGUUUCGCGAUCAUCAGCUAUUGUGAUUGGGUAUUUAAUGUUAAAGGAUGGUGUAGAUUAUGAUGAAGCGUAUGAUGUUGUGAAACGUGUGAGGGUUGUUGCUAGACCUAAUGAUGGGUUUAUCAGGCAAUUAAAACGUUUGACUUGGUCUCGUUCGAAGUAGUUUUGUUUUGUUCAAUUAAUUAUUGUCAGUUUAAAGAAUGAUUAUUUGUUUUGUCAUGGUUCAAUUUUUAUUGAUGUAGAUUAAAAAACAAGUUUAAUGGUUGUCAUAAUAGAUUACUUUUGUACAUCUUGA